CCUCAUAUUCUGAGUUACCCAACGAAAGUCGCCGAAUGACCGUGUAUCCGCAAUUUUGCUGGUUCAGCCGAAAAAAUCUUUCCGAUCUACUCUUCCAACCCCACCGACGAGAGAGGGGGAACGGGAGAAAGUGUUGUUGCACUUGAGGGUCUUCGGAAAAUCCUGUUCUUGCCUCUAGCUGUCGCCAGAGCUUUUUCAGUGGUCGCUUAUAAAUGGAGGAGAGUAGCGUACCGCAGAACAAACAUCGCUUCAGGCAUCGACUGUUCUAAGCCGCACCACUCAAGAUGAAUCGCCUGUUUGUCCUUUUCGCUGGCCUGGCAAUCCUCACCCUCGCCUUCGCGGCUCCUGCUCCGGAAGAAAAAAAGGAAACCAAGGAAGAACCAACCGUAGAAAAAACCAAGCCUGAAGACGCGAAAGACGUGGAAGGGCGCAUUGGAUUCGGUGGAAGGCCCUACGGGGGUGGAUUCGGUGGUGGAUUCGGGGGUGGUCACGGAGGCGGCGCAUUCGGAAGUGGAUUCAACCGCGGAGGUAGCUUCAACCAGGGAGCUUCCGGCAACCGCUACGGACAAGGGGGCUUCGGUUACAACACGGGUGGAUCCAACCGCAGGGUUUACGGCAACAAGCAGACCUACGGUGACCGCGAAACGUUCGGGCUGAGCCACAACCAAGGAGGAAGCUCGGCUUUUGGACAGGGAAGCCACGGAAACCGUUACAACACUCAAGCUGGAGGAGCCUCUGGGCAGCAAUAUGGUCACCAUGGGUUCCGGGGUUAAAUGCUAGAAGCAGCUGUAAAGUUCUCGCACUGAAGCGUGUGCUUUUCAAUCGUACGUGUACGACGACUGUGUAAGGACCUACGACAACUGCCGUGAACUAAUAUGCAAAAUUUCUUCCAAAGGCAUUUGUACAAACGUCUUGACUAAUUCCUAUGUUUGUUUUUUUCGCUAUACAAUCAUCAUCAUCAUCACAGGUGUAAAACAAAAGACUUGUACAUACCACUUUAUGGUUGAAUAAAGUCUUAUUUAUUUUUGAAAACA